UCAUCCCAGAAGUGGCAGCCUUCGCGAUCGGGACACGACCUGUCAGCCUCCUCUUCCGUCAUAUAAUGCUGCCUAGGCCUGCUCUCUUUACCACACUCUAUCCCCACAUCCUACUCUUUCUGCUACAUUACUAGCCAUUUAAUUUCUUUCUUAAUAUCAUGCGUCUCGCUAGAACCCAGCUCUGCCUCCUCGGCUUGGCCACGGCAGCGACGGCAGUGGACUUCAACCCAACGAACAACACCGCUGGCUACGACACGUCGCGCAUCGGACCCACGAACGCAAACUGCCAACGUCAGAUGUACAGGCUCGACAUCACGAGCAACAACAUCCAGUUCCAGAACGUUGACUCGAACGCAAAUCAGACAUACCUGAUAGCACUGUUCCAAACGUUUGCGACAUCAAUGGCAAAUUUCACCGAGAUGUACGAGAAGCCAGACAAGCAAUCGGUACACAACACCUACUCGCUGUCAGGCACCCUCUGUGUUCCGAAGAACGGCGCUAAGAACGUGUCCAACGUCCAGUUCCUCCUUCAUGGCGUUGGCUUUGACUCAAGUUAUUGGGACUUCAUGCCGGAUAAUAGCACCGAGGAGUACAGCUACGUACAUGCUGCCUCCGAUGCCGGCUACGUCACCUUUCGCUACGAUCAGCUCGGUACCGGGUUGUCGGAACAUCCGCAGGACGCUUACAAUGUUGUCCAGGCUCCUACCGACCUUGCCAUUGCGACGAAGUUUGCACAGAUGCUUCGCAAUGGCGACAUCGGCAAUAUGAAGUUCAACAAAGUUGUCGGUAUCGGCCACUCGUACGGCUCCGUCCAGACUCAAGCACUAUCCGCGGCGUCGCCUGACCUGCUCGACGCUGUCCUGCUUCAGGGUUUUUCAGUGAAUGCGACCGGACAACUUCCCUUCUUGACUGGUGGCGACUACCAGCCUGCGGUUGCUGUCGCACCCGACCGCUUCGCCGACAAGGGCAUCUCGAAUGCCUACGUCAUCAACCAGUCUCCCUACAGCAACCAGUUUGACUUCUUCUACUUCCCGUACUUCUCCGACGCCGCUCUGCAACGUUCUUUCCAGACAGAACAGCCUGCGACACAGGGCGUCCUCUUCACGCAGACGGUGAUCAUGCAGAACGCGACUAACUUCAAAGGCCCUGUCCACGUCGUGACUGGUGCGCAGGAUCUCCCGUUCUGCGACCGCGACUGCUAUGCCGUCCCGCCUGGCAGCCCGUACCCGAACGUGCCGUCGUACGUGAAGACGCUCUACCCGAACGCUCGCAACUUCUCGGUGUACAUACCCGCAAACACGGGACACGGAGUCAAUGCGCACUACUCGGCGCCGGAGACAUACAAGGAAAUGUUACAAUUUGUGGACUACGCCCUCUCGUCGUGAUGUACGCGGGAGAAGUGGGGUUAUUGACGCGUUUGCGUUAGGGAAGUCGAAUCUGCAUGUAUACGCUCUUGCGGAAUUUAUGUACUCCUGACAGUGGCGACUAGCGUUCAUGGAACAUGCGGUGUCAGUG